CGUAGACGGUGACGCACCUUACUUUAGUAAACAUCAUACAUGAGCUGCAGAUAUUUAGCGAAUGUAGUUCCGUUUGUUUUAAAUUUUGUGUGUGUGCACCAAAAAAGAGCGUCAUGAGUUUUUUCCUCCCUAAACUGUCGUGUAAGAAAGACAUUGAUGACGUCAUUAAGACAGUCGCUGAGAAAGUUCUAGUGCUUCGAUUCGGCAGAGACGAAGAUUCAGUGUGUCUACAGCUCGAUGAUAUUCUGUCGAAGACUGCUCAUGAUCUCAGUAACAUGGCGAGUAUUUAUCUGGUGGAUGUGGAUUCAACACCGAUUUACACACAAUAUUUCGACAUCAGUUUCAUUCCAUCAACAGUGUUCUUCUUCAACGGACAACACAUGAAAGUUGAUUAUGGAUCUCCAGAUCACACCAAGUUUGUGGGAACUUUCAAAACCAAACAGGACUUUAUGGAUCUGAUUGAGGUGAUCUAUCGCGGUGCCAUGAGAGGAAAGCUGAUCGUUCGAAGCCCAAUCGACCCGAGAAACGUUCCCAAAUAUGAUCUGCUGUACCACGGCAUCUAGAAAAUGAUGUUUAAAUUGAAGUAAAUUCCUACAAUUUGGCAUUUGUUAUCAGAUUGUCCUGGUCCUUAUGUGUACCAAGUUUUGUGAAGUUAGAACAUUGCACUGUCAAGAUACACGCCAAUCGGUCCUAGCAAUAAAUCUAAACCCAACUCUAUAUUUAGAUUUUAUUUUAAUUAUAGCGCUCCCUAUUAUCAUAAAUGGAUGAAAUUUGGCAUGUGUCCUUGGACUGUCAUGGUGACAAUGUGUACCAAGUUUUGAGAAGUUUGGACAUUGGGCUCACACGAUACAGGCAAUCAGUCAUUAUGAGUCAAGGACGAAAAUUUUAGUGGACGAGUUUUCACCCAAAGUCAACGUUUCCAAAGUUUACUGGCUCAGUAAAAGUGAUGAAGUGGAUUUAGACUUUCCUGUGGAAACCAGUUUGAUAUUUGUAUUAUGCCAUAUUUGUUUUGUGUUAUGAAGUUUUGUUUGUAUGUUUACAAAAUAAAGAUAAAUGAACAUAUUGUUAUUGGAAGAUAAUUUAAAGUCAUUAUGAAUAAACAUUCACAAAUGGUAUUGGG